AUGGAGCCGGGCUCCGGCAACCGCGCCCCGCCAGCAGCGACAGAGGUGGCGGCGGCAGCUGGUGAGAUCGUGCCCCCGCAGAUGGGAACCAGGCGCUCGGCGAGGCUAGGAGCGAUCACCUGGGGCCCGCCACGUGGCGGACGAACGCCGUGGAUGCCGGCAGGACGGGGGGGACUCAACGGCGCAGCAACAGGAACGGCAGGCGGAGCGGGGAGGGGAGCUCGCGGGGGUUUCCGCGGAGGCCUGAGAGGGGGACGGGGGGGGCGCAACCGGAUCCCCAGAUCUGAUAUUCCUGUUAGAACAGGCCCUUGGCGGGAACGCCACGACAGGCCGGAGAUGCAGGAAGCGGGAGCGAAUGAGGAGCGCGAAGGUUCUGACAACUCCAGGAAUGACCCAGAGUUUAUGGGUGGUGAGGAGGAGGAGUCUGAAGAAAUCUCCUUAGACGAUGAGGAGGAACCGGCAAGGAGAGCCACACAACGCCAGGAGAGGGCGGCGGGUGGAGAUGCCCCACAAAGUCUGGGGGGGGAAGGAGAACCAGCCACGGAGGACACCGAUGUGCCAUCGCCUGCCGACCUGGCAGGCAAGGAGGACAUCUGGCGGGCUGCGGGGGCCUGGAACGUGGAUAUCCUGUCUCGGGGGGACCAGCCGUUUCUCGUCCGCCGCCUGCCCCCACAGAUCCUGGACAGAUACUUUUGGAGUAGCGGUGCCAGGAGGAGCGGAGUGUAUUAUCCACACCGUCCGUUCCCUACUUCGAGAGGAUGA